AGACACAUGUAUAUUCUUGGGGUACGAGAACGAUUGAGAACGGUGUAACGGUUACAGUUGAAAGUUGGAAACGCCACGAUUAGACUUUCGUCGCGCGGAACACGCCGCCCGUUGCCCGCUGCCCGGGAUGCCCCGUCGCGAGGAGAAUUCAGAUUUUUAUACUAGUUACCGGGCGAACGCGUAGACGCAUUUUUUCAGGAGCACGGGAUCGAGUCGCGGGCGGCGGCAACGGGGCGAGUGUUCGAACUCGCACGGAGAAUGUACGUAGAUUUAACGAAUCGUAAUUUAUAAGUGUUGAUCGACGCGCGGAGAGAAUCGAUGGAAACGCGGAGAGAGAAAAAGAAAAAAAAAUAUAUAUGUAUAUGUAUAUAUAUAUAUGCAUUAUGUAUAUAUAUACAGGAAUGGAGAGGAGGACUCGCCUCCUCGGAUAUUUCCGUAACAGCCUUAACCCGCGGACUUCAGGGGAUCGUUCGCGUACGGUCGAAAGUGUUCAUCGUACUUACGACGAUCGGAGAGAGCGAAACAAUGCAAUAUAUAGAAUCGAAAGGGGGCAGAGAGAGAGAGAGAGCUGUCGACGAAUCGACGCAUCGAAUCAAUUUAACCGUCGGUUCGUUUGAUUUAGUCAACGUUAGGGGAUAACACACUUCUUCCUUUUUGUCUCUUGUUGUUAAGCCGAGUAUAUUCUUUCUGUUUCCUCGUUUCUUCUUCCUCUUUCUUCUCCGGACCGUCUUGGGAUCGUUGCACGUGCAGUAUUUAAGGAUACGAAGCGGUUCGUCAUCGUUCGUUCGUUCUUCCCUCCUUUCUCUUUCUUUCCUUUUCUCACUUUGUUAAUGCCCGUCGCGCGAAUCGAAUCCGUUCAAUUGAAUUCUGUUGUACCGGUCGGCGUUCACCGGCGAACCGUGCCGAUCGCUUCCGUAAAUACCGAGGAUCGAUAGACUGAGAACGGGUGAACGACGGGAGAAUCGGGAGAUGAGAUUAUUGUUGAUCUGUUCGUUGCGAUUGAAUGUUUACGUCUGACGUUGUUCUCGUCGGGUUCCUCUAUCAUCCGAUGUGUCGCCGAUGGAGCGGCGUGUCAGAUCGGACAGCGUCCCGCGCGCCGACUCGAGCGGACCGUUCGAUCAGCGAUCGGAGAAGCAUCGAUCGGAUUGUUUAUAAUAUUUAUUUCGACGUCGAUGAGGAGUACUUUCAUUCCUCGCUUCUCUCGGGCAAGGUGUGUGUCUUCUCGCGGCACUGUGUUCCUUCGCCCUUCGGAUCGAGAUUAUUUAACGUGCGCGUGUUUAUAUCGUGCGGACUAAGCCUUAAGUUGUUAACCGAUAAUCGAGUUUCCGAGUAUACCGGACACCGGCCGGCGUGUCUCGUCCCGGACGUCCAGCCGAUCAUGUUCGAAUUUCCUCGCGAGGGAAACGAUCGCGGGAAUGAUUACGUCGGCCUGCUGUCACGCAUAUAUUACUGUACAGGGAGAGCGAAGUCUUACGCCGGAGGAAGGUCUCUUCGAAUCGUUCACUUUUCUCCUCGAUCGGGACUGACGUCCCAGCUCGGCGACGCGCACGGGUCCCUUAAUUCUCGAGGAGAACGCCUUUGCUCGCGAAUCGCCGAUCCUCACGGAAACCAAAACGAUCUUCUCCUCGGCAACGUCGUCGCGCCGGAAACCGGCGAUCCAUGUACCCACGUUUUUAUAGUUUUGCUAAACGAAUCGCUGUAAAGGGAGGGAGAGGAAGGAUGCGAGAGAACGAGAGAGAACGAGAGAGAGAGAGAGAGAGCGCGCGCGAGAGAGAUAAUUUUUUAUACAUAACUGAUAACUUUCAUUUGAGUGGUAUGACGCGUCGACUGAGAUCUAUACUUAAAGAUGUAUGUCGCUGUAACAUAAAAUCUUUACAAUUAAUUGCUCAGUACUAGGUUAUAACUGGAUUCAACACGAUCAUUAAUAUAGACCGUCGCGUGCCAGCGCACAGAUGCCGCAGCCGGCGAGGAAGAGAAAGGUUUGCGUGGUAGGAGCGGGCGCCGCCGGCUUGUGCGCCGCCAGACACCUGACGCCAAAUUCAAAUUUCGAGGUGAACGUUUACGAGCAGACCAGCCACGUCGGCGGAACAUGGAUCUAUACGGAGAGCACGGGACUCGACGAGAACGGCCUGCCCGUGCACUCGAGCAUGUACCGGGAUCUGAGAACCAAUUUGCCCGCGAAGGUGAUGAACUUCCCCGAUUACCCGAGAAUGAACGCCGAGGAGCCUUGCUGCGUGACGCACCGGGACAUCCGGAGCUACCUGGAGAAUUACGCGGAGCAUUUCGACCUGCUGAGGCACGUUCAGUUCAACACGCGAGUGAAGACCGUUCGCUUGAACACUCGGGAGGCUGAGGAGAAGUGGACCGUCCGGAUCGAACGGUUGAAGACGAAGGAAGAGGAGGAGCUCGAGUACGACGCCAUGAUGGUUUGCAACGGGCAUUACUUCGACCCGUACGUGCCGAGCGUGCCUGGCAUGGACACUUUCACGGGGAACAAGAUGCACAGCCACGCGUACAGGAAGCCGGAGGAUUUCGCGGGGAGGACCGUGUUCGUGCUGGGAGCAGCCUCUUCCGGGAUCGACAUCGGCAUCGAUUUGACCGGCCACGCGGCUCGAGUGUACUUGAGCCACAACGGCGAAAGGUUGAAGAGCACGUUCCCGGGGAACCUGACGGAAGUGGCGGGCCUGGAGCGCGUAGACGGGCAACGGUUCACCCUGAAGGACGGAACCGCCGUCACCGCGGACACGCUCAUCUUCUGCACCGGCUACAAAUUCUCCUUCCCGUUUCUGGACGACAACUGCGGGAUCCGCGUGGACCAGAACCACGUGACUCCCCUGUACAAGCAUCUGAUCAACAUCGACCACCCGACGAUGUGCGUCGUCGGCGUGCCCACCGUCGUCAUACCGUUCCCCAUGUUCCACGUACAAGUGCAAUACUUUCUCGCUCUGCUGGAGAACAGAGCCAGCCUGCCGUCGAGGUCGGAGAUGCUGGAGGAUUCGAGGCUGAAGACGGCGAAGAAGAGGCACGCGCACAAACUGCAGGACAAGCAAUGGGAGUACAACGACUCGUUGGCCGACGCCGGCGGCUUCGAACGCUUGCCACGGUUUUACAGGAAUGUUUACGACAAGUGGUCCGCUCUGAGGAUGAUGGACCUUCUGCGCUACAAGUCGGCGAAGCUCGUCAUCUCCGCCGAUGGGGAAUCCAUUCAGUUGGCUAUUCGCGAUUAACCCUUUGCACUCGGGAGGUGACUCUUAGUCAUCUCUUGAUUUCCUACAGUGAAGCUAUAAAGUUGGAUAUUUAAUAUUAUACUUCAUAUAAUGCAUCAAUUGUUGCUUUGAAAAUUUGAUAGUUUACUGUAUGAAAUCAAGCGGUGACAGCAAGGGGUUAACGAUUUCUCAGAGAAGCUUCUGACCUCGGUGAUUGUAAGAUAAAUCAGGAAUUGGUGAUUUUCACUUGGUAGUUCCAGUGUUAAACCAUUUUUAGAUGCCAACGGUAACCAAGAGGUUAACGUCGACGGGGCUCGGAAAGGCCUCGAGACGAUUGCACGAGGGUUUUAUUUUCAAAAGGGAAAUACAGUCAUAUUGUACGCAACCGA